AUGAAAAUUAGCGAGGUGGUGUAUGAAAAUAUACACGGAACGUCAACAACAGAAGUAGCCGUGAAAUUUGAUUGUAGCAAAGCCCAUCCAUGCACUGGCAUAAGAUUACAAGACGUGAAGCUUACUUACAGGAAUCAGCCAGCUAAAGCAACUUGUGACAAUGCCGGAGGCACAGCUUUCGGUUACGUUGAACCUACCAGUUGUUUGUAA